AUGUCCGACAUGACCAAAUCCGCGACCUUCGACUACACCGAAGUCUCAUCUGCUGCACCGCCACCAUUCAGCCAGGCUGUGGCAAAGACAGUACCAUCAACUUUCCAGAGUCAUUUCGCAUCCAUCACACGCCAUGGACGUGAUCGCAUCACAUUUACAAACCUUUCUGAGGUCGAAAUAGCCGAUGUACACGAAACUGUGAGAAUAUUUUGGCCCCGCGGUAUUGAUAAGGUCUAUCCGCAAAAGGCCUCGCGCGAAUUCAAGCUAGGAGGCUAUGCACGGAGAUAUGAGCCGAAUGGCAACGAGCAAGCGAUGAUGUUGACGCUUCGGAUUCUGGAGGGCAUGCAUGGCUUGGGUUGGGUGAUUUACUCUCCUAUCGAGGUAACCAAGAAUGUCUCGACGAAAGAUGCACUCAUCUUCCGCAAAGCGAAUCAUCACCCUCCUCCCUGCGAAUGGCUAAACGUGUCAUUCCACGGCGGAGAUAAACUAAAGAUUCUCAACUUCCCGCCUCCAGAUCUUGUCAACGAAAUCAUAGCCACUUUCACGAUUGACAUACAACGACAUGACGUUACACCAGACCGCGCCAAGAUCAAGUUCAAGGGCUAUCCAUGGAGACCGCGAAAGUCUGACGGAGCUGAGACCCAAGUGAAGCUGCUGGCGUUGCUCGAAAUCUUUGAGCGCCACGGUUUCACGCUGUACACCAGGACUAGCGCGAGAUUCACCGAUGAGAGGAGUGAGUCGGAUGUCUUGGUGUUCCAGAGACGAAAGGGUUAG